UGAAUGAGCUUACGCAUGAUGCGUACGUGAGAAAGAUGAGCCAAGCAAUCCAGCAUCAGCAGAGCUGGCUUCUCUUCCUUUAUAAAAUCCCCCACGAAGGCCUGGUGCGUAUUAUCACCUUUUGAUUAUUAUAGACUCCUUUAGUCUCUUCUUUUCCAUCUUCCUCGAGUCACAGAUAUGAAAACCCGAACUGUUUCUGUUCUUCCAUUACUUAUACUCUUCAGCUUCUAUUUCAGAUCCUCACAUUCCAAAGGAAUGAAACUGCCCCGCAAUUGCAUCCGCCAGUGCGGUGACAUCGACAUCACUUACCCAUUUGGAAUCGAAGAAGGUUGUUAUCUAGAAGGUUACAAGGUCACCUGCAAUGAUAAAGACGGUCCACCAGUCCUGACCCUCGACCAGGUCCAGCUCCCAAUUAAGAAAAUCGAGCUUCCAGAAAAAGUAAUCCUACUUAUUAAAGGACGGAUGGCGGUAGACAAGCAGAUCACGGCCAGAAAUGGUAGUCAGCUGAUACCUGGUGAUUCUUCUACUAACACGUCCAAUGCAAAUUGCAUUCAGCUGCAAUUGCCAUUCACGGUGUCGGGUCGGUGGACUAAGUUCGUGGCCUUGGGCUGCGACACCAAGGCCUACGUCAACACCACCAACUUCGUGAGUGGUUGCGAGUAUCAGUGGACGCUUGGUAAGGCAGGGGAUACAGUGCAUGGCGGGCUCGGCCACUGCCGUAGCAUGAUACCUGAUGGACAUACCCGGUUCUGCUACAACGUUACGAAUUUCUUCAACUACAUUAAUUCCAGUUGCGUGACUAGGUAUAGCUUUGCGGGGUUGGUGGAAGAUGAGUACCAUUUCAACGAGUCGUUACUAAUGAAUUUCGCUAGCCAUGUGAAUUCUACAGAUCAGUUGGGCCUUCCGUUGGCUGCUAUCUGGGCCAUGGAAGACCUAAGUGGAAGCAAGUGCGGUUCCAAUACCGUCUGGAAUAUCUCAAGGAGGGGUUCCGGCUAUGUCUGCUACUGUAAAGAUGGUGGUGACGGGAAUCCGUAUCUCGACGGGAAGGGAGGAUGUCGACAUGAAGAUAAAGACCCGGGAUUAAUAUACGCUUUAGCUGGUUUAGGACUGGCGGUGAGCCUUCUAGGAGCAUCGUGGUCAUAUGGCUCUUUCCUUGAAAAGAAGCUCGCUGUAAUCAGGCAUGAGACCUUCAUCCAAAAUGGAGGUCCUAUCUUGCAAAACUUCAUCAAUCAAGCUAGUAAUGCUGCUCCUGUUCUCCCAACUGGAGCAGAGUCGGGGUUAUCACAAGCUGCUAGUACUGGUCUUGCUCCUCCCACCACUGGAACAGAGUCGGCGUUGUCGACCCAAGCUCUCCCUCCUCCCACUGGAUCAGAGUCGGCGUUGGUCAAUGCUGCUCCGAGUGAUCAAAAUCCCCAAAUCUUCAAUCAAGAAAACCUCGAGAAAGCAAUCAAACUCCUCAAGAAGGGCUCCGACCUUGUUAUGAGGAUACGUCAAGGUAGAAGGUCUACAGGUAGGCUUCCUGAUGAUAGGAAGAUUGAUAUGAGGCCAUUCAAGAUGGAGGAAAAGGAGGAGCGCCAACCGUUCCUGAAGGAGAUAAUGACUCUUUGCCGUGUCAAACAUUUGAACGUAGUGAAGCUCUUGGGCUGUUGCUUGGAGACCAAACCUGAUCAGUGGUUAGUCUAUGAGUACGUCUCUGACCUCACUCUCUACGACUAUCUCCAUGCGAAUGCAGAUCCCGAAACUCAAUUGCGGUGGAAAGACCUCUUGAAGAUUGCCAAAGGAACGGCAAGGGCACUUGCCGAUUUGCAUGCAAUCAGUGUCUGGCAUAGGGAUGUGAGGUCAUCAAACAUACUCUUGGAUGAAAAUGGCAACCCCAAAGUAGUCGAAUUUGGAGUGGCGAGGGUGUUGUCGAGCGUGUCGUAUGUAAAUCAGACGAUUGGGUAUCUGGAUCCUGAGUAUACUCACACAAAGCAGCUGACGGAGAAGAGUGAUGUGUAUAGCUUUGGCGUUGUACUAGUCGAGCUCUUAACGGGGCAGGACCCCAACUCAGACGAGAGCAAGAAAAAGGGUGGUAGCCUUACUAUGCAUUUCAUUUCCGAGAUGAAUCAGAAUCGUCUAGAGUUCGUUGUCCAGGAUGGUCUCCCGGAAGAAGCAGGGAUGGAUCAGUUGCAAGAACUUGCGAAGCUUGCAGAGGAUUGCCUCAAGUUCAGUGGGAAGGAAAGGCCGGCCAUGAACGAGGUGAUGGGAAGGUUGUGUUUGAUUGGAGAUGGAGAUGAGCAAGGGGCAGACGGGGCGCCUGAACAAGGUGGUGAGGGGGAAGAAGAGAACGGUGAGGAUGGCAAUGGGCCGGAUCCGGGCGAAAUAUAUUCGAAAGUGCAAGAAACAGUAGGUGGUGAAGGAUCAUCGAUGACCGUGGACACCUUCACGCAAUUCUUGGGGUGAGGGUGAUUAUCAAGGAUGAAUUCUCUCCCAAGAAGAAGAAGGGAGAGAUGGUGAGAAGUGUUUUAAAUAAUCUGUGUGGGUGAGAGAUGAAGAGGUUUUUCUUUUACUUUUUCUUUCUUUCGAAUGUCUAUGAUUAAAGUUGUGUGUUCUGGUUUGAUGCCAAAAGAAGAAGUGUAGAUUUUGAAAUAACUCUAUUUUCUAUCUGAAUAUGUAAGGUUUUUUCUCCACAAUACCGGUGACAUUAUGAUUUA